AGUACCCCACAAUCCAGAUCGGACUUCCCUGCCCUGCAUCCAGCCGCAUCGCCCAGCUUGGACCAUCCAUCAUCCACUUUAUACCAGACUAUGUGCCGAUUAUAAGGACUUCACCCCUCCCCCAUCUUAGAUGCGUCUUAUGGACUAGCAUACAUAGAAAGCCCUUGCUUUUCAGCCACUGGAUCAAAUAUAAUAGCCAUUAUGUUACAACGAGGCAAAGUACCCGACGCCUGGGACGACGACGACUGGGAAGCCCAAGCCGACAAAACCGCCCUCCAGGAGCCCAAGCCAGAACCAGCACAAGCCCGCCUCUCCAAGAAGGAGCGACUAGCCCAACAUGCAGAAUCCAAUCGAAAGCUCUGGGAAUCAGCCGAAACAAACCAAAUUCCCUUCCACCUAGCCACCGCGCCCUCCCCGCCCCUGGCCCAGCCGUUCAAAGCACCCAUGACAGUGCUGGCGCGGAAACCGAAAGCAGCAGCCCAAAUAGUCACCCGCGACCCGGUGACGGGCCUGUCUACCCUCUCGAUCCAAGACGACAGCGACGACGAGACGGAUCGCAAGCCGCAGGAGACGCCCGAGGAGAUCCGUGCGCGGCAACAACGUGAGCGCGAGGAGAAGCAGCGGCGGUACGAUGAGGUGCGUGCCAAGAUAUUUGGGGACGGCGGAGGUGGAGGAGGUAGUGGAGGCGGAAGAGGGAGGAGUAAUCCAAGUUCGGGGACGAGCACACCGGGGACGACAACACCACCACGGGAUGGUAAUGGGGCCAGACGGGGCCGUGGCAGGGGCAGGGGCGGGUUCAGAGGCGCCGAUAGGGGAGGCGGUGGAGGUAAUGGCGGCGGGGUGUCAAUAACAGAUCAGAGGCCGUCAAGUCGACCGACGAGCCAGUCUGGAGGAGCGAGCUUGCGCGAGCAAGGGCGGGAAAAGGAGCUUUACGAUCCUGGCUAUGCACUGAAACCCGGCUUUACAUUCGAGAAAAAAACUUUGAAUGGAGGGGCUCCGUUAUACGGAAGAUCUACACCACGAGAUGAAGAACGCAUCAUCCGCACACCGAGGGGUCCUGAUGCUGAUGGGAGAGGCUUUGGCUUCGCCAGACGUGGUGCUAAAGAGGGCUGACAAUAGCAGUUGUCUACUGCCGCGGCAAAGGAGCAUUGCAGGAUUCUGAACAGGGCCAGCAAGCUGGUGUAAUGAAUGGCACUUGCAGGUUACGUGACGAGAUCAUCUUAGCCUUGGACAGCGUCAUAGGUAUAUUCCGAUGUUUG